CGGACAGCGAGCACCCUGCUGCACUUCCUAAUCUUGAGGUUGGUGUGCAGCGGCUGGGGGCUGAGCGUGCUGGGCUGGUCACGAUGCUGAGCUUCCUCCAGUGUGGUAGGCUUGUCCUGGCUCUCUCCAUCCUGAUUGGGGAAUCUUCAGUUCAAGGUUAUCCCAUGCGGAGAGCCAGGUACCAGUGGGUGCGCUGCAGCCCAGACAGUAAUUCUGCAAACUGCAUUGAGGAGAAGGGACCAGUGUUCAACCUGCCUCCUGGUGAAUCUAACAGGCUCCUCCCUCCGAGGACUGACUCUUUACCAAUGAAGAGCUUACUGAAUGUGCAGGAGGUGUUCCCUCUUUCUGAGGACUAUUCUGGAUCGGGCUCUGGCUCUGGAUCGGGCUCUGGAGGUGGCUUCCUGACCGAGAUGGAACAAGAAUACGAACCAGUAGAUGGGGAUGAUGCUCUCCAGUACAAUGUUCAACCUUUCAAGAGGAAUCUGCCCUCAGACUACCAGGACUUGGAUCAAGAUGGAUCAGAAGAUGAUUUUAUUAGAUAAAAGAGAGGGUUUCCCCACCUUGACACCAGGCAAUGUAUUCAGUAUCUUUUGUGUACCCUAGUUAAAUGAUCUUGGGACAAAAAGUUUUAUAGGAAUUUUAAAACAUCUAAAAACAAAUUUAGAUUUAUGUCACUUUUUUUUCUUGUGGAAUUUUAAAAGUUAUAAGCUUACGCUUUAAUGCUGAUAGCUAUCAUAUUGGUCUGGAAAAUACCUGCAUUCUCUUUGUAUCCUAUUCAACCAAACUUACUAUGAAAUUAACUGGACUCCCCAUGUCCAUAAAAUUGCUUUAAAAAAGGAUAAAUUAUGCUGUUUUAAAAAAAAUUGUUUGAGAAGUAAGUUGAUGGGCAAUAUUUCAUACCUUUUUAGUAUUCAGGAACAUGCCUCUGAAUGUGAAUUACAGAUAUGCCCCUUUUCUUACCAAAAAAAAAAAAAAAUCAAGAUAUAACACAAUGAGUUUAUAGAGUAGACAUUUGACAUGUUUUAUGGUGCAAGAGGUAUUGUUAUUAAACUAU